GACUGCCUUUCAGGAGCACUACAUACUGAAUAUGAGAAUGGAAGCUCCCUAGUAUACAAAGGUGACAUGGACAGCUCACUGGAAAAUACAGCUAUUUCUUUAUCCAAAUGUUCUUUAGAGUCAGAACUUGCUGGAAGUGGAAUAGAGAACAGCAUCACAUCUUCUAUUGAUUUGCUACGAAGUUUUAAAGUCUUGGAUUGUUUUGAUAAUGAGCAAGAUUCUUUUUGUGAUUCAAGCGGUCUAGAAAUAGAAGAAAAGACCGUGAAUUGCACUGAAAAUUAUGCAUUUCAAAAUAGAGCUAUACAUGCGGAAACAGGCAGCACCUUACCAUUCCAUUUGGCUGCAAAUACACAAGAAAAUAGUGACCAAAAUAUUACUGAUGGUUUGGUAAGGAAAAUUAUGAGUGGAACUGAUGCUCAGGCAUGCAAUAGUCAAGGCUUAAUACCACCUCACAUCAGUCAAAUUUAUGAUGAAUUGUCUGUCAUACAUCAGAAACUCCAGAGAGAAAGUGCAGCACAGCGGGAGUAUGCUCUGCAGCUCCAGAAACGAGAGCAUUUUCUAACAGAGCGAGAAGCAUUGCUUUUUAGACAUGAAGCAGCUUUGGCUAAAAUAAGAGGUGUUGAGGAAGAAGUUCACACAAAAUUUGGAAUUAUAAAAGAGCAACACAAAGCAGAAGUUAAACAGCUGACAGAAGCCUUGAGAGAAAUAACUAAAGAAAAUAGGAGGCUGAAGUCCUCAUUUGACACCUUGAAGGAAAUGAAUGACUCUUUAAAAAAACAGUUAAGUGAUGUAACUGAGAUGAACAAGAAGUUGGAAGGUCAAGCAAGAAAAGUACAAGCUCGUUUAGAGAAUCUACAGAGGAAGCAUGAAUUUUUAAUUGUACAGAAGUCUAAGGGUGUAUGCCAAGUGGUGCAACAAAGUAAACCUGUCAAGCAGGAAAAAGUGAUGGUAACAUCAAAAAUUACUAAGCUACCACUGAAUUCACAAGUUUAUGAGCUCUUAACUUUUCUUAUGGAUUGGCUCUCAGACCAGCACCUUAGUAAAAUACAAGUACAAGAAGAAAGAGAGGACAGUCAUAAACUUCUGGUUACUCAGACUUCCAAAAAAGCCUGCACCCAGGAAAGGUGUAUGAAGCUUUUGCCUGUAGCUUCUGAGCAACUCCAGUGGAUGCCAUUUGUGAAUCCUAAACUACAUAUGCCUGUGAUUAAAUUUAUUUACUGGUCUAUAAGACAGCUAGACACUGGUAUUCAGCAUGCAGCAAUGACAUCAACAAUGAGGAGACUUGGAGAAGAUAUUUUCAAAGGCAUAGUAAGUAAGGGAAACCCACAUAGUUCUUCUGAACAGUCUGCAGAGAGAAAAUCAAAAUCAGCAGCUUUCUUUAAGAGUUCCUGUAUGCCUUUGAGGUUUCUGUCAACUUUAAUUGUGCUUAAAACAGUGACACAAGUGGAUUACCUGGCUCAGGCGUUUGAUUCCCUUCGCGUAGACUUGAAGACAGAUGAAGGGAAGGCCUUAUUUUUGGAAUACCAGUGUGUGCCUGUCAUAUUAAGUCACUUGAAAGUGUCCAGUAGAGGUCUGCUUUCCAGUGCUCUUGAUGGAUUACUUCAGAUGACCAUGGAAUCUG